GAACCAAGAGAGAAAAGAUGGAAGAAGAGUUGAGAAACCUAAUCAAGGUUUGGAUCUCUGCCUUAAUCUCCAUAUCUUACUGUUACUACAUCUCAUCAAAAAUCUCCAAAGGUGUUCUUCGUCUCCUCUCUCUUCUUCCCAUCUUCAUCAUCUUUCUUCUUCUUCCUCUCUUCUUCUCUUCUGUCCACUUCUGCGUCAUCUCAGGUUUCUUCUUCACAUGGCUCGCAAAUUUCAAGCUCUUUCUCUUUGCUUUCGAUCAAGAACCUUUAAGCCCACUUCCCUCAAAUCUCACCCGUUUCUUCUGCUUCGCUUGUUUCCCCAUCAAAAUCAAUAAAAACCCUUCUUCAAAUCGAAUCCACAACAAACCUAUGUCUAAAUGGGUCCUUGCUUUCAAACUUUUGAUCUUUUCCUUCUUAUUACAUGUGUAUAGAAACAACUAUGAUUCCGGUUUAUCACGGUUCGCUUUCUUGGCUCUCUUUACCAUUCAUGUUUACCUCGAGGCAGAACUUAUCUUAGUCUUCGUCGGUGCCUUGAUGUCUAUGCUUCUUGGUUGUGAAAUGGAACCGGUAUUCAAUGAUCCUUACUUAGCCACUUCUUUACAAGAGUUUUGGAGCCGUAGAUGGAACCUCAUGGUCCCAGCCGUACUCCGUCCAGCCGUCCACAUACCGGUUCAGCGAUUUUGUGCACCGUUACUCGGUCUACACCGGGCUUUUUACGCUGGAAUGUUAGCCACGUUUAUUGUCUCUGGUUUAAUGCAUGAGCUGAUUUACUUUUAUGUUAUCCGCAAAUCUCCAACUUGGGAAGUCACUUGCUUCUUUCUUUUGCAUGGAGUUGUAACUUGCCUAGAGAUAGCGAUGAAGAGGAUGCGGUGGCUUCCUACGCCACGUCGGGCGGUCUCGGGUCUUGCAAUUACGGUGUUUUUGCUCGUUACAGCUGGUUGGUUGUUUUACCCUCAAAUGUUAAGAAAUGAUGUGCAUAAGAGAGUGAUAAGUGAAUGUUUGUUGGUUAUUGACGUUGUUAAAAGGCACGUUGUCUGUAUUUUAAUGUAACGCAUAAUUUGAAGAA